AAAAGCAUUCCUUUUGGGGCACAUACACCAUUAGUUGUAUUUUCAUCAAUCUGAACACAACAACAUGGCUUUUCACUACGUUUUUGUAUUAAGUGCUCUGCUAGUGGUAGCCCAAGGAUCUUAUUUGGAUUUGGUGGAUCAGGAAUCUCCUGAAGGAAUUCAUUCUGGUGGAAUUGGAGCUGGAGCUCCAGGUGUCGGUAUACCGCAAGGACGACCGGUAAUUGGCCAACCACAGCGCUCUGUUUCUGGUUAUGGUGGUUCAGGAAGAUUAGCUGGCUCCCCCGUUGGUGGACCCCGUUCUCAUGGGGCUGGUUCUCGUCUACCAAUUGGUGGAACCGUCCUCAAUCGUCCUGGGAUCGGAUCCAAUAAUCGUUCUCCUGUUGGAAAUGCCGGCCGAUCAAUUGGAGGAGGAUAUGGACAUCGGCAUGGAUCUCAUUAAGAAAUCUGGAUUUAUGAAUUGAUGACAAAAUGAAUUCGACACAUUUGACAUUCUAAACAAAUUAGUCUUAAUAUUCAUUAUAUUUCCAAAUAGUAACAAUUGAAUAUAAUAACAACAGUUAUACAAAAUA